AUGGCCAAAAGAAAGCGGGGUGCCGCUGAAGCAGCCGGCCAGCCAAGGGCGCCCAAGAGCAGGAAAGAAGAGCUUGCCAUUCACCCGGCCAAGGCAACUGCGCCGCCCAACGCCAGCCCAUCUACAGUCGCGAGCGAGGGCAGAGCACGUGUAGUCGACCAAGUCGCGAAAUCUGGAGACGCGCAAUUCGAGACGACCACCAUCCAAGUCGUCACUGGAUCUUAUGAGAGAGUGCUUCACGGCUUUGCAGCUGCCAUCCCCCAGACCAUCGUCACGGGGUCCAGCAGCGCCUCUACGCCCGAAGCCGAGCAAGCAAAGGUCGACUUUACUGACACAUUCCUCUUCAACGCACAUGCCUCUUCCAUCAGAUGUCUGGCCAUCUCCCCAACCUCAGACGAGACGUCCAAGGUCACCCUUGCGACAGGCAGUACAGACGAGCGCAUCAACCUCUACUCCAUUUCCACCGUCCCCCCCCGAAUGGCCUCGAAGAACAAACUCAAGCUACCCUCCCUCCAUGGCGGAUCCAUUACUGAGAACCCCAAGAACAAGGAACUCGGCUCAUUACUACACCACGCAUCAAACAUUACAGCACUCUAUUUCCCCACACGCAGUAAGCUGCUUAGCUCAGCAGAGGACAGCACAAUCGCCAUCACACGGACCCGCGACUGGACAGCACUUUCCACCAUCAAAGCACCAAUACCCAAACCACAGGGACGUCCAAGCGGAGAUACUGCCGGGCCCGGCGAGGUACCCGCCGGUAUCAACGAUUUUGCAGUCCACCCAAGCAUGAAGCUCAUGGUCAGCGUAGGAAAGGGGGAAAAGUGUAUGAGGCUCUGGAAUCUGGUCACUGGCAAGAAAGCCGGCGUACUUAAUUUUGGCCGCGACAUUCUCACCGCCGUCGGCGAGGGCCGUUUCGGUACAGGCGAAGGCAGGAGGGUGAUCUGGGGUCAAGAGGGCGAGGAAUUCGCCGUAGGCUUUGAGCGCGGCGUUGUCGUGUUCAACAUUGAUUCCAAACCCAAGGGCAAGAUUUUGCCCCUGCCCCGGACCAAAAUCCACCAGAUGCACUACUUGCCAUCAAAAUCGCGCCCAGCCACGCUACUAGUUUCAACCGAAGACGGCAGGAUACUUCUCUACGACACCAACACGACAUCAGCCCAGGACGGCACAGAAGCAGACAAAAGCAAAGACGACAUUCCAUCCAGUAGACUAGUUGCUCAAAUGGCAGGCCCGGCAGCAGGCAUAAGUGGCCGUGUCAAAGAUUUUGAAAUCAUUCCUACGUCAACAACAACUACCUACCUCAUCGUUACCGGCAGUAGCGACGGAACAGUGCGCUUCUGGGCCUUGCACGAAGAGGACCUCAAUGACGAUACUGAUGCAGCCAAGUCAAAGGAGGGUUUUGAGGCUCGACAGGUCGGUCGGUUACUCGGUUCGUAUUCGACGGGUACGCGUAUCACUUGCUUGAAGGCGUUUGCGAUGACUGGUAAGCAGGAUGACGGGGAAGAGGAAGAGGUUGUUAUGAAGGAAGUGGUGGAUAGCAGCGAGGACGAUGGCGAAGAGACGGGAUCUGAAAGCAUCCAUUGA